GUGUUUGUGAGUUUUGAAAGAAAAGAUACAGAAUGGCAGAAGAAGAUGAAAAGGGAUACAGAUGGGAAACAGAAUACGAGCGGACUUGGGAAGCUAUUCAAGAAGAUGAGAAAGGCUCGCUACAAGCUAGUGUGGAUGAUAUUGUCAGUAAAGCCAAGAGGAGGAAACUCCUGGAGAAAAUCAGUAAUGUCAGACUUGGUAUGAUGAGACAUUUAUUUCUUAUUAUUGACAUCUCAGAAGCCAUGAGUGACCAAGAUCUGAAACCUACUCGUCUCUUAUCAACGUUAAAACUUUUGGAGUAUUUUGUUGAGGAAUAUUUUGAUCAAAAUCCAAUCAGUCAACUAGGUAUCAUUAUCACAAAGAACAAAAGAGCAGAGAAGAUUUCAGAGCUGGGAGGAAAUCCUAGAAGACAUAUAUCCAUGUUACAGAGCCUAGCUGAUCAGGUGUGUCAUGGUGAACCUUCUCUUCAGAACUCAUUAGAACUGGCUAAUCAAACUCUCAGACAUAUGCCUGGACAUGCCAGCAGAGAAGUCUUAGUGGUGCUGGGUAGUCUGACAACAUGUGACCCCGAGAAUAUACACAGCACUAUCUCCGUCCUUAAAGAUGGAAAUGUUAGAUGUUCCGUCAUAGGUUUGGCAGCAGAGGUGUGCAUCUGUAAAAAGUUAUGCAAGGAAACACAUGGUAGCUACAAUGUAAUUCUGGACGAGAGUCAUUAUAAAGAUCUCCUUACACACCAUGUCACUCCUCCACCAGCUACGGCAAACACAGAGUCAUCACUCAUCAGAAUGGGUUUUCCUCAUCAUCAACUCAGUUCAGACAAAGAAGAGAGACCAUCCAUGUGCAUGUGUCAUCUUGACAGCAAGAAUGGCCAGGGCUUCAGUAGCACAGGGUAUUUCUGUCCCCAGUGUAAAAGUAAAUACUGUGAACUGCCCAUUGAAUGCAAGGCAUGUGGCCUAACUCUGGUGUCAGCCCCACACCUGGCUCGUUCAUAUCAUCACCUGUUUCCAUUAGAACAAUUCCGUGAAAUUCCUGUAGCUCAGAUUGGAUCAGACGUGAUAUGCUUCUCUUGUCAAUCAGCUGUUCAGGAACUUAAUGUAUAUGUAUGUGACAAUUGUGAGCAGAUUUUCUGUUUGGACUGUGAUUUAUUUAUCCAUGAAACACUACAUUCCUGUCCAGGAUGUGCUAGCUCUAGACAAACACAACAAUUAGCCAAAAUGGCAGGCUUUUCUUGACAGGAAUAAAGAACUACAUCAAAAUGACUUCAGGUUUAAUAUUUCUGAAAGACUAAUGAAUGGAAAACAUAUAAAAACCCCCUUUAAAGAUAGUUUCUGAAAGCAAAGCACUCAAAUAUGAAAAUGGAUCAAAUUAGGUUUAUCAAAACAUGCAUUGAAAAAUCUUUUCUUUGUAAAUGACUAAUAUAUUAAUAUACAUUUCACAUAAAGUAGCGAAAAAAAAAGUCAUGAACAAUUUCCUGGAGACUAGCAGUAUUGCACAGUUGUGAUUUGGCCAUCGUCAAAAAUCGUCCACUUGAUUAUUCCUACAGCAUGAGUACCAGCAACUGAAAUAUAUGAUACGGACUUAAGAUUAUUUAAAAUUCCUUAUGAGGAAAUUCAACAAAGUGAAAUAAGUUGUAAUAAAAAUAUAGACCUUUGAUAUUCUAAA